GGUUCCAGAGCGGGUAGGAACCGCCGCGGGCGCGACGCGCGCUGCAGCCACUGCUCAAGCCCCGGGCCCCCCACCGCGUCUCCGCUGCUGCGUCGCCUCGGCCAGGCCCCGAAGGCAAGGACAAAGAGGCUGCCUGGAGGCUCCGCCGGAGCCAGACUUUACCUGCAGUUGCCGGGAACCUCAGGCUCCAAGAUGGUUUGCGGGGGCUUCGCGUGUUCCAAGAACUGCCUGUGCGCGCUCAACCUACUCUACACCUUGGUUAGUCUGCUGCUCAUUGGAAUUGCAGCGUGGGGCAUCGGCUUCGGGCUGAUUUCCAGUCUCCGGGUGGUCGGUGUGGUCAUCGCAGUGGGCAUCUUCUUGUUCCUGAUUGCAUUAGUGGGGCUGAUCGGAGCCGUGAAACACCAUCAGGUGUUGCUUUUUUUUUACAUGAUUAUUCUCUUACUUGUAUUUAUUGUCCAGUUUUCCGUAUCAUGUGCUUGCUUAGCCCUGAACCAGGAGCAACAGGGUCAGCUUUUGGAAGUUGGUUGGAACAAUACAGCAAGUGCUCGAAAUGACAUCCAGAGAAAUUUAAACUGCUGUGGGUUCCGAAGUUUUAACCCAAAUGACACCUGUCUGGCUAGCUGUGUGAAAAGCAGCCACCAGUGCUCACCCUGUGCUCCAAUAAUAGGAAAAUAUGCAGGAGAAGUUUUGAGAUUUGUUGGCGGCAUUGGCCUCUUCUUCAGUUUUACAGAGCUCCCAUUCUCAACAGUGAUUACUAAAUACGAGGACCUCAGUACCUACUUAGGAUUACUGGAGGCAUCGAACAAGCAAAAAACCAAAGCAGAGAUAGCUGGUUAUAGGUGAUCGUUUGAAGAAGACUGCGGUUCUAAAACAGGUAAUAAAGGUUUAGUCAGGUAUGUUGAUCAUCUACGUAAAUGACUUUUACAGAUGACUUUUGUUACUCAUUUUUCAAAGUUAGUCCUCUCCCUCCUACCCUCAGAUAAAACUGAUAAAAAAAAAUUAAGGUGGUAACAUAUACAUAGAAUAAAAUGUAUCAUUUUAACUGUCUUAAGUGCAUAGGGGGUUCAGUGUUAUUAAGUACAUUCACAUUGUUGCACAACUGUCACCACCAUCCGUUUCUAGAAGGUUUUCAUCUUCCCAAACUGAAACUUUGUAUCUGUUAAACAGUAACCCCCUCAUUCCUCCCUCCCCUCAGCUGCUGGCAACUACCAUUCCACUUUAUCUGUAUGAACUUGACUGCUCUAGAUACCUCAUCUUAGUGAAAUCAGACAGUAUUUGUCCUUUUGUGACUGGUUUAUUUCACUUAGCAUAAUGUCCUCCAUGUUCAUCCAUAUGUCAGAAUUUCCUUCUUUUAAAGGCUGUGGAAUAUUGCAUUCUAUGUAAAGCACAUUUUGUUUACACAUUCAUCCAUCAGUGGCUAUUUGGUUUGCUUCUACCUCCCAGCUAUUGUCAACAAUGGUGCUGUGAAUGUGAGUAUACAGAUAUCUUUUUGGGUACCUACUCAGAAGUGGAAUUAUCAGAUUGUAUGGUAAUUCUGUAUUUGUUUUUUGAGGAACGGUUAUAUUUUUUUCAUAGUGGCUGUACCAUUUUACAUCCCCCCUAGGUUACCAACAUUUUAAUUCAGCUGUUCAAAAUAAUACUCUAGUCUUAAGGCAUUCUUCCAUUUCUCUCUCAAGAGAUGCUCUCACUUAAAUUUAUUUAAACACAAAGGAAAGAUUGUGAGAUGACAGUAAAGGGUUUGGUAGAAAGAGCAGGCAUUGUUAACAUUUCCAUGAGCUUAAAACAACCAUUUUUAUGUUUGCAACUUCUCUUUCUAACCUUUGUUAAGUACACAUGUCCUAUAGUUGCAAUUAUAGCAUAGAAAUUCUUAAAUUCUUUUUCACUUACCCUUUUUGUUUCUCUGUGAUGUUUAUAACUUAUAGAUGACAACAUAGUGCACUUUGUGUUAAUUAUGUAUUCAUUAGAUUUGGAGGUGGCCCCUUUCUUUGGGUAUGUUUAAAUAAUGUUGCCAUUGGCAUCUUCACAGAACAGUUUCUCUUGAAUGAUUUUCUUAGGACAAAUUCUCAGAAGUAGAGGAGACUGGGUCAAAGUUGAUCAAUUUUUUUUUUUUUUUAAUGACUAUUGCUCUGUCACUUUUCUAAGGGAGACUCAUUUUCCUUGCAGCCUUGACAUUUGACUUCUCAGAGAUGUAUUUAUAUUUUAAAAAGUAUAUGGGUGGCUAAAAUAGCAUGUCAUUCAAUAAAUUUUAAGGAUUUAAUCUUAUUUCACAUCAGCCCAAUUUAAAAAAGAAACUAUUUUGCUGUACAAUAAAGGAAACCUGAAGAGCUUAGAAGUUGUCAUUCAAAAUAUUUGUUUAUACACGUGGAAACUGUUUUUUUCCUCCAGUUAACCCUCAGAGAGCUUUCUAAAUGGGAUAUUUUACCUUUUUAAGUACAUGUAGCUUACCUACUUACAAGGAGGGCACCCAGUCCCUCUGGUGAUAUUUUUGCUGAGGAUUUAUAUGUCAUUAAAUCAACAACAUAGGUUUCUGUUGCAGAGCUCUUUGACAGUACUGUGUGAGGGAAAAGUAUUUUAAAAAGUAUUAACUGGGGAAAGUUAAUAAUGCCAAAGAAUCUAUUCAGAAAAGGCUGUAUCCAAACAAACAAACAAAAAAAGUUAAUUAAGACAAGCAAUAGAUAACCAAUAGACAAAGCAUUGCACAGACUGUCGCAGCCAUUCAGGGGCCAAAGAACGCAGUGGGGUUGGGGUGAUAAAGGAAUUUUAUCUAACAAUGAAUGUGAGAGUAAAUAUGUAGUGAAGUAAUGAAUACAUGGUUCUAAUUUUUAUUAGCAGAAUAAAGAGUUAAAAGUAGUUAAAGUGCUCCCCUAUCUGAUGGCACCUCCUCUUUCACCUCUUCCAAAGAUAAGUAGUAACCUCUGAUCUCUACCCCAUGGACAUGAUGUCAGUGCCCUUUGCUCUUGACCCAGCAGGUCACAUUUGGGUGAAGAAGAUGGGAACAUAUCAACUGAAUUUAUUCCCGGCCAGUACUCUAAAACCUUAAGAAAACAAAUAUAUUAUGAGUUUAAUUUUCACAAUUUCAUUAGGGUGUGUUUAAGGAUACAGAUGUUCUUUGAAUGACGUUUUUUUUU